GCAUAAAUUGUCCCUUUAUUUAACAUAACAUCAAAUUAAAAUAGUUAACUUGGGCCUUCACAUUAUUAACUAAAAGAAACAUAAAAAACAAUUACUUCAUCCCCCUCCUUUUUCUUAAUUGAAAAGUUUACGUAUACCGAUAUUGCAAUCUGUCUUCUCCGGCGCUCAUCACAACCACAACACCACCGUCUUUUUUUGUUUCUCUUUCUUCUUUUUCCAACCCCUCUCCGGAUCUGCUGCUGCAACCCCCCCCCCCCCGCCCCUCCAAACAAUUCAUUCUCCAUUUUCAUUCAUCUGUCUCAAAUAAUUUGUUUAGAAAAAAGAAACCCAUUUCCUUAAGGAUGGAUCUUGGUGCAGAAGAGCUUCAAUUCUUGUGCAUUUCCGACAUCCUCAAGGAAUCAAUUUCCAUCCCCAAACAGUCUCCAAAAACCUUUUCCCUCGUAACUCUCACCUUAAUUUUCCCUCUCUCAUUCGCUAUUUUAGCUCAUUCUCUCUUCACCCACCCUAUCCUCUCAGAGCUUCAAACCGACCCCACUGCCCCUGCCUCCGAUUGGACGAAGCUCCUCAUUUUCCAAUUCUGCUACCUCAUCUUCCUCUUUGCCUUCUCCCUCCUCUCCACGGCCGCCGUCGUCUUCACCGUCGCCUCCCUCUAUACCUCCAAGCCUGUCUCUUUCUCCUCCACCAUUGCCGCCAUCCCUACAGUUUUCAAGCGCCUCUUCAUCACCUUUUUAUGGGUUUCUCUUUCCAUGCUAGUCUACAACAUUGUCUUAUUGGGGUUUCUUAUUCUUCUCAUUAUUGCCAUGGACAUGCAGAAUAUUUUAUUGUUACUAUUUUCAGUGAUGGUUGUGCUCUUGUUGUUUUUGGGCAUCCAUGUUUAUAUAAACGCGUUAUGGCAUCUGGCCAGCGUUGUGUCUGUUCUGGAGCCUGUUUACGGUUUGGCUGCCAUGAAGAAGAGCUAUGAGUUGUUGAAGGGAAAGAUUGGCAUGGGUUUUGUUCUUGUUUUCUGCUACUUGGCUGUCUGUGGGGUGAUCAACAUGUUUUUUGGGGGAAUUGUGGUCCAUGGCGGCAAUGAUUACCGGGUGUUGACUAGGAUUAUGGUUGGCGGUUUCCUUGUUGGCUUAUUGGUGAUUGUGAAUCUCGUGGGGCUGUUGGUGCAGAGUGUAUUUUACUAUGUCUGCAAGAGUUAUCAUCAUCAGGGGAUUGAUAAGAGUGCACUGUAUGAUCAUCUUGGCGGAUAUCUUGGGGAGUAUGUGCCUCUCAAGAGCAGCAUUCAGAUGGAAAACUUGGAUGCCUGAUGCAAUAGUUAUGUUCUAUAAUCAGUACAAUAUAUACAAUUCGUGUAGCUUUCAUGUAGAAGAGAAGAAAUAUAUAAAGUGAAGUUUUGUUAAAAGGUGAGUGUUUUGGGAUGCUUCUAUCGUUUGUUGCAAUAAGAACUGGAGGUGGUCCUUGAUCUUA